AUGGCGUGCUCAAUAUCGACAUCCACAUGUUCGUUGGAGUUUGAGGAAUGUCCUCACAUGAAAGGGAUGAAACUUAUAUUGGAAUUGCCGAACAACAUGACAUUUACUCAAGUUUUUGAACGAUAUCAUGCCACACAUAUAAAGGUUCCUGAAUUUCGAGUCAGAGGCAAACAGAGUGGGAGCAAAGAUGGUAACUGUUUUGACAUUACCCGAGGUUUGACCAUCGGUGAAGUUAUAUCCGCGUUUGACAUUCGAUGCUUUGAAUUCAAAUGCUUACCAUCUGAUCACGACGGAAUUCGACAAAUGAUUACUGAAGCAGCUUCAACCGCAACCAAAAGUGCAAGCAAUGCCUUUCAAAUUCUCAUGGCUGGGGGCAAGGGUUAUCCCAACAAAAAGGAUAUUGGUUUGGCGUAUAUCAAUCCUGAAACAUUUUUUGUUCUCUUUUCUCGCAGUAGUGGGAUGAAGGCUGGUGUGAACAAAAAGGAUGAGAUGUUUAACAUGUUGAUUGAUGAUUUCGUCCAAAGAAAACUAAGCUUUGCGAAAAGUACAGCUAAUUCUGAGGGUUCUUACUUCAUACAGGUGCUGUGCAACGCCCUUUGGUACUUAACAAACCAACACUCAGUUAUUGAUGAAGCAUCUCGACAUAAGAAAAAUGUGCAGCCAGUUCCAGUUGUGUUUUCCAAAUACGAAGGAUUUAAUGACUUAAAACGAAAAAAACUUAAAAGUCAGCCACUCAAGCUCUCAGAUUUAAAAAUGCAUGCUGAAGCAAUUUAUAGUUUAAUGUUAAAACCCGUUGUCAACUCUAGCCCUGAAUGGAAGACUGAAAGUGAUAAUUUCAAACAGCUUGCAAACUGUAUGCUAUGUUAUAGCCAGUAUUUAGAAGAACAGCAGAGAGCAACAACAUCAUAUCAUGCUUUGACACAUCCUGUACGCACCAAAGGAGAACAUGCAACAGUUGAACAUAGAAGCAGUGGUGUGACAAUAAAAUUAAAGUAUUCAUUGCUGGAUGCUGCUAUGAGAGAAGCUCAGCCAGAAUCUCCAGUAUUUUUUGAUGAGUCUGUGCAUGUUGAAGAACCGUUUGGCAAUUCCAUUCAAAAGUACAGAUUUUUUAAUGAGCUUCAACUCACUGUUCCUGUUGACAUAAUCAGAUACUGCCCUGGAGGACCACAAGUAACAACAGUGUGUAUCUUCAAAGUUAUGGAGGGUCGUCCUGAAUCUGUAAUUCUUACCCAAGGAGCUAAAUUCCUCCAAAAGAUCUCUUCCCAACUUAAAGAAGUACACACUAGAGCUCAGAGAGCAGAAUUUGAUUCAAUGGUCAACAACAUAGCACAUAUCUCACCAGCAGUCAAAGCAUUUAUCUACAGAACAUUGACUAACGAUGCAUCUGCACCUGUCAAUCCAGUUAUGGAAGAAAGACUUAGACUAAUUUCCCUGGGAAAUACUGAUAUUAUUGAUGACUUGCGACACUUGAAUACAGGAAGACCACAUGCUUUUGAUAACUUUUUUCAGAAGCUUCAAGAAGUUGUAGAGGAAGUCACAGCUGCUGAUGAUCGCAGACACAAUGUGUCAUAUAUCUCAGUGGAUCUCUUUAAAAGAAAUGAUAGCUCAAGCUGCAGAAAAAUGUGA